GCCGUGGGAUCUGCUUUUCUUUUUUGAUUAUUUUUUAUUUUAAUUUUAUUAUUAUUCCAUGGAUUGCGCAGAGUAUAUCAUAUGAUUGAAUCUCUUUCUUCUUUUCUUCCUUCUCUUUCAUCAUUUUCAUUGUUCUGCUCGCCACUCUCGGUUCUUCUCCAACGACCAUUCCCAUUGCGGGUAACAUUUUUCUAUCUCCCUCUCUCCUACACUCGCUUUCACUGCGCUUUAUCUCGCUGUCGCUUCUUCUCGUCGACUCCCUCGUUCAUUCGAUCGCGUGUCUAUUCGUAUUGCUCCGGCGGUGCCCCUCCCCCUUAUCAGUGACUAUACUGUAACGUUCGAUCAGCUGCCCGCAGCUGUUGUCGUCAUCACCACCAUGGCGUUCAGUCUCUUUGGAAACAGAGAGAGCGCUAGUUACGCCAAAUACUUCAACAUCCGGUGAGUUGAUUGCUUAUCGCUUUAUCGGCCGCAAUCACGC